AAAUAAUCUCUUGAAUUCUUAAGUAGAUUUUCCCCUUUUGUACUCUAAUGAUCAAAUGAAGACAUGAAUUGAUUGCAAUUGAACAGCCAUUUUACUUGAGUUAAUGGUACAUUGCAAAGAUAAGCAUAACAUAACAAUUAGCAUAAUCAAUUAAGCAUAGAAAUGGUAAAUUUCAUGCAUGCAUUUAUUUUAUGUAUAAGAAGUCUUCCAACUAGAACAAGUAGAAUGAUUAAAAAAGUAAGAUUGGGUAUUGCUAACCAUAAAUUGCAAUUAUUGUAAUUAACAUUGCCUGUCGUUAUAAUAGAUUUGUCCAGGAUAAGUUCAACAUCUUAGGCUAUCUACUGAGACAGCAAAAUCUGAUUGGCAC